CGAUGGUUGAUUACCUCAUCCAACCUGUGCCUAAUGAGUGAUUGCCGCUGCCACCAUGCAGGCACCAUCAUUACAUCAUCGUCAAGGGCGGAGUACCGAACCUCCGAACCACCACCUCACGGUCCUUCUCGUUUGGUCCGCGGGCCUCAGCGGAUACAGAAUCGCGUGAGCUGUACAAAGAUUAAGUUUCGCCCAUAGCAUUGUAUCCUUUUGCCGGUUUUUGUAAGCACAUAAUGCUCGAUGUUGCCGUCACACGAAUCCGCGUGCAGAACGACUCGCGUCCAAGCUCCUUAACACAUAUGACGACUGCCUGAAGCUCAAACAUUACACACCUCCGCAACCUUCUGAGAGCGGUUUAUACACCAGACAAUGCCGAAUAUCGAAUCCGAACGCCGACCCUCGGUCACAGCGCACGCGCUCGAUGGUCUCGCACAUGUACCGCGGAUCAACAGGGAGGGUUCAUGGACACCAGAGGGUUCAUCUGACAUGGACGUUGAUGGUGCCACCCAACUGAGAGUCUCCACGAAUAAGGCUGCCGCCGGCAAUCGAAGUGGGAAUACAACCGCGAUACCGUCUGACGGUAGCGAGGACGGGGCGUACGAUGGCAAGGGAGAUGAGAACAAGUACAAGGUGAAGAGGAAAAGCAUUCAGGUUUUGAUCGAUGAUUCGGGCAAGAAGACCCAGCAUAGUCUCACGGCUGAGGACUUCCGCGAGAUCAUGCAUUCGGGUAUGCAGAAGGAGGUGGAGAAGCUUAGCGGAAAGUCCAAGGCCAGACUUCGAGACUUGGUCUUCACCCGCCAAUUCACGACAUUCGAUCGUCAGAACCCAAGCGCCUCGCAGUCGCCGUUCCAUGGUUUCUUCACGUUAUUCUGGAUUGCCAUGGCACUUCUGCUCACACGUAUCGCAGCUUGGAACUAUAAAGAGGAGGGUUCCAUCUUUGGAAAGGCGGAGAUAUUACACUUGAUGGUAGAUCGCGACCUGUUCGUACUCUUGGCAACAGAUGCAGCCAUGUGCUGCGCAACCAGCUUUGGUUUCUUUUUGCAGAAAGCCAUUGCGGCGGGGUCCGUAUGGCAGCUGUUCUUCACGGGAUUUGUUAUAUUCUGGACUUUCUGGAGAGAAUGGCCUUGGACGCACACAGUCUUCGUUGUUCUGCACGUCUUUGUUCUGCUGAUGAAGCAGCAUGCCUACUCAUUUUACAACGGUUAUCUAUCGCGCGUGUAUCGUAGACGCAAUCUUUUAGAGCAGAAGAUCCAACAGCUGGACGGCAUAGACGCACAUGAAGGGCCUUCGCCUACCUCGCCAAGUGCAGGGAUAUUGGCGGCCAGUGGCGUGGACAAACCAAACAAAAAUGGCCUGACACACCGGGGGAGUCGUGGCCCAAAGUAUUCGACCGACUUCUCAACGGAGGAGUCGCAGAUUGCAUCUAUCGGUCACGCGAUUGAGGAUGGUGAGCCCCUUGACGCAGAGCAGAUUCAAGCGUUUCAUCGUAUCCUCACGACCGAGAUUACCAUAUUGAACGACGAGCUUCGCGGCAAAUGCACAACGACCGACAACAUGUACCCAAACAACCUAUCGCUACUUAACUUCGUUGAGUGGACCUGCUUACCUACCCUGGUCUACGAUCUCGAGUACCCUCGCCAGGAAAAGAUCAACUGGUGGUAUGUUGCCGAGAAAACGGCUGCUACAUUGGGCGUCAUCUGGGUCAUGAUCGUUGUGUCGCAAGCGUAUAUCUACCCUGUUGUCGUCGAGACCACACGACAGAAAGAGGCAGGCAUGUCGCUUGAUGAGCGCUGGAAGGAGUUCCCAUGGGUAGUCAGCGAUAUGUUGUUUCCUAUGCUGCUCGAACAACUCCUUUCAUGGUAUGUGAUCUGGGAGUGCCUUCUCAAUGUCUUGGCCGAAAUCACACGGUUCGCCGACCGCGGAUUCUACGGCGCUUGGUGGAACAGUGUAAGUUUUGACCAGUAUGCGCGCGACUGGAACAGACCAGUGCACAACUUCCUGCUGCGCCAUGUCUAUCACUCGUCGAUAUCGUUCUUUCAUUUAUCCAAGAUGCAGGCGACCUUCUUCACUUUCCUCCUCAGCGCCAUCGUCCAUGAGGUGCUCAUGUUCUGCAUCUUCCACAAGGUGAGAGGGUACCUCUUCACGUUUCAGUUGACGCAACUUCCUCUUGCUGCGUUCAUGAAGACCAGUUGGAUGAAAGAGAAGCACACGCUAGGCAAUGUGAUCUUCUGGUUUGGUCUCUUCAUUGGACCCAGUGUGAUCACAAGUCUGUAUCUGAUAGUGUAACGUAGCUUGCUGUAGUCGAAUAAUCUUCAAUCAAGUCAUUACCACCACAGCGCCUUAUGAUCUGUGAAGCCUUCCAUGUUAGCGUUAUGGCUUGUCGGAGUUGCAUGGUGUUUAAGGACCGGAUUACUUCCUCAGACACGGUAUGUAACAAUGCUUGCGUGAGGCUACUAUAUAGGAGGCUCGGACUUGAUGUC